AUGUUCACGCUCUCUCUACUGAGCCGGGGACAUGGGAAGUUGGUCCAGAAUAAACAGAAGCUAGAAGUCUAUUUUGAACCAGAGGAUUACUUGAACUGGAAGUCCCCAGAAGAUUAUGUCCUGGUCAGCAAACCGCAGGAUGACGGCAUUGCCAACCAGCACACCUGGAGCCUCUUUCUUCCUAAAACAUUCAGUACUAGAAAGGGAGCCCUGAUCCUCUACUCAGAAGGUUUAGCCUUAUCAGCAUGGACACCCGAAGGGAGGAGAAAAGGCCCCUACCACUCCAAAGGCCACAGGAAGAGGCUGGGUUUUGAACUGCACACACUCCAGGACCUCAAAGAAGCCAUCCUGGCAUAUGGAAGGGGACAGAGGGAGCAGGACAGAACCUGGCAACCAUACCUCCACUUCCGAAGCCAACCAGAGAGCCAGGCCCAACGGCAGAUGCAGCCUGGGUAUUCAGCCAAGAGAUACCUCCGAGGCCUCUUGCGGACAUGGCCGCCUGACACAAUGUACAGGCUCCAAUGUGCAGGAUACAUCAAGGAUUCUGUGCUGCUCCAGGACAGUCAACUUAAUGUACCAAAGAAUCUCAGGCCACAACAGGAUCUUUCAGGUGUACCCCCGAAAUACCAUCUCUUGCCUGUCUUCCCUUCAUUUUGGAUUCAACAAGGAAGAUCUUUUGAACAAGGUCAGCAGGGCCUGGAUGAAGGGGAAGCUGGGACUGGUGGACGCAUGGACGAGGGCUGUGUAGCCAAGAAUCACAGCCAGGGGAUUCACUUGCUGCCACGCAGGAAGCAGCCAUGCCAGGAAGAUGAAACCCAGGCAGAGGACACAUCAAUAGAGAAUCACCCUCGUAUACACACUUCAAAGGAGAGUCACAAUGAAAAAAUACAGCAAACCUCCAGAAGGGCCUUUGGGCAUGCCUGCAUCGAUCAUUCUUGGCUCCUGAGUGACAAAUCCCACAUUACAUUCUAUGGAGGGAUCUUCCCCAAUAGAAAGGCAGAUCUCAGCGACAGACAAGAGAAUAUAAAACUCCACAAGGGCAGAAGCAGUCACUUGUUACAGGAGCCUCCUGCUGAAAGAUGCCUUUUCCCUCCUAUAGCACCUGCCACUGGCUCAGAGAAAAACACAGCUGGGGAAGUGAAGAAGAAAAAGGUGCCCAAGGCUUUGAAACUACCUCCCAUCUCAGAAGAACCACCCAGAGUCCUGAACCCCCUGAGGAGUCCAUUUAAGGCCAAUGAACCUCCAGCAGAACUCUUUAUCUUCCCAGUGGAGAUUCAUUUCCACACCCAACAUCCCUCAAAAGAAAAGUCACACAGAAGAGGUGCUCCACACCCUGAGUCAGGACCAGAAACAGAAGAAAAGGUCAGGGCUUUACGGAAACCUCCCAUGAAGCAUGCAUCCCUAGAAAAGCCAAGGGAGUUAACAGUGCAUCUCCCAGUGGACACAGGCAGGGACAUGCUCUCACCUCAAGGUGAUGAUGUCCCACCCCAAAAUAUGACCCCACCAAUGUCCCUGAUUAAAGGAAUAAAAAGUCCAGAGAGUCAGAGGGGCCGGGACAGCCCCAGGACAUCAGGCUGCAACAGCUCCACAGGCCCCAUGGACGUGAGAAGGGCCAAGGGGACACUCCCAGCAGAAGGACAAGAAGAUUCCGAAGACCCCACACCGGGACACUUCUUGCUGGGUCCAGAUGGAGAAAACAUCAGCCUAUCCCUCCCCAGGCCUACUGAAACCGAGGAGCCUCUUUCAAGUAAAGCCUAUGAAUCUAUCAAUUCAAAUACCAGCCAUGAAAAGGAGGGGUCUAGUAUUCAACACCUCCUAAAAGCAAACAAUGAAUCCAGAACCUAUCUUCACACGAAUCUUAAUGAAACCUCACCUUUGACCCAAAAGCCAGAGAAGCAGGGAGCCCAGCAGUCCUUGGAGGCAGCAGCUCAGAAGAGAGGAGAGCCUCAAAGUUGUAUAAAUAAAGGGCUGAUAUGUUCAAACAGAAAAGAAUUUUACACGCACAAGCUGCACAUCGACAUGACGCCGUUCCUGAAGGAAAAUGGAGAUGAAAUGGACUAUCAUGAAGAACCAGGAGGACCCCUCAGAGAAAAUCAUCAAGACACCCAAGACCAGGAGCUGAGGAAUAUGAACCUUGACCCUCCUAGUGCUUCCCUGGAUGAUCACAUCCAGACCUUCGAGUCAGAUACUGUCCAAAAGACUGGCAGAGAUUAUGAUGUACAUCAUCUACAAAGAAGACUCCAAGGACACGAGUCCCUAGAGAGGUUGGGUCCUAAAGACACAUCUCUUCUUCCAAGAGGAAGAGAAGAGAAAACUGAACCAAGAUCAUUCAACCACCAGGCACUAGCCAACAUAAAUCAUGAGAUGGAGUUGAUUGGCAAAGACAAGAGAAAGAAAAGAACCAAGACAGACAAGUCCAAGGCACCCCAAGGGGAGAGAGAAGGAAAGGUCCACAGGAAAACAGAGGCUUCUGUUGGAAAGUCAAAGGAAUCAAAGACUGAAAAGAAAUCAGGGCUAAUUCCCAAAGAAAGGAAUCCAAGAACCAAAAGGAAAAGGAUACGGAAGGAAAGGAAUCUGGAAAUAGCAGCAGAACUGAAUGGGCCUAAUAUCAUUAACUCUAAGGAAAUAGAAGACACUUCAGAUAGAGGUUUCUCUCCUUCCAGUUCUCUUGUAGAGGACCCUUGGCUUUCCGCCAAGUAUGAUGCUCCGGAGAGCCAAGUGUCCAUAGAUGGAAGAUCAUCACCCAUGCAGACUAUACCUGUCACUAGAAACACGGAAUCUAAAGAAGAAAGAAGCUAUGAUGACCCUUCCAAGACCCUCCUCGCCAAGAGAGAGCAAGAAGCUUCCAGGGACAGGCUGCGAGCAGAGAGGGCUGAGAUGAGACGCUUGGAGGUGGAGAGGAAGAGAAGGGAGCAGGAAGAGCAGAGGCAGCUCUUGCAGGAGCAGCUGGAGAGGGCAGAGAAGAUGAAGGAGGAGCUGGAGCUGGAGCAACGCGCCCGCGCGGAGGAGAUCCGGCUGAGGAAACAGAGACUCGAAGAAGAACGGCAGCAGCAGGAGGAGGAGGAGAGGAAGCAGCAGCUUCAGUUGCAAGUGGCCCAGGAGAGACUCCGGCAGCAACAGGACAAAUUCCGGAGGAAACUGCAAGAACUGCAGAGAAAAAAGCAGCAGGAGGAAGCCGAGAGGGCUGAGGCUGAGAAGCAAAGGCAGAGGGAAUUGGAAAUACAGUUAGCAGAAGAACAAAAACGCCUGAUGGAAAUGGCUGAAGAAGAACGGCUAGAGUACCAGCGGAGGAAACAGGAAGCAGAAGAGAAGGCUCAGCAGGAAGCAGAGGAGAGAAGGCAAAGGGAAGAGGAAGCAGCAAGGCUGGCCCUGGAGGAAGCUAUGAAACUGGUGCAGGAACAAGCCAGGCAAAAAGCUGCUUUGAAGAAACAUCUUCAGUUCCACCAAGAACUCUCUAAGGAAGCCAGUGGCCUACAGUGGACACAGAACAUUUCCAGAUCAUGGGUGUUCUCUUACUUCCAAUUCCUACAAAUACCCAAACCUUAA